GCAGCUCUCUGGCACGAUGGAUGUCUCCAGCCUCAUUUUGCUGAUCCUUUCAGUCUGCGGAGCGCAGGCAGCCAUUGUGCCCCGGGCACUGUGGCAGUUUGGGGAGAUGAUCCAGUGUGCCCAGCCCCAGGUCAACCCCUUCAUCUACAACGAGUACGGCUGCUGGUGUGGCCUCGGGGGAUCCGGGCAGCCCAAAGAUGACAUAGACCUGUGUUGUCAGGUUCAUGAUCGUUGUUAUGAGGCCAGUAGAAAGCUGCCCGCAUGCAGACCCAUCAUUGACGUGCCCUACAUCAAGGUGUAUGAAUUUACCUGCUCCAACCAAGAGGUCACCUGCCCAGCCUCCAAUGACGAGUGCCAGGCUGCGGUGUGCCAGUGUGAUCGUGUUGCAGCCCACUGCUUCGCAAGCCACUCUGCCGGCUACAACUCCGACUACAAGAACCUGGAUACCAAACUCCACUGUGUCAACUGAGCUAUUCACUUACAGACAAGAAGAAAAGUUCACUGGAACAGCUCAGACAUGAAGACUUUAUUAAGUUAUGUGCCAAGGACUAGCAUUUCAACGGGUUGCCACAUCGUCGUCUGAGUCUCUAGUGACCAAAUAUUGUGCAUCUUGAAAUACCUUGAUGCUAUUUAUUCACAAAUAUUUUGAGAUAUGAUUACAAGACCUAAACGGAAUAAUAAAAAUGGAUGUGAUUAUUUGAA